AUGAGUUUGAUUUCCAGUGCCUACAAGAAGAUAGAAUCCCAAAUCAAGAAGACGGAUGCUGAGAACCCAUUCUCAGAGAUUCUCGCCAACGAUCUCUCCCUUCCACAAGAGAAGGUCCACGCUCAAGCCGAUGUUUUCACCGAGCACGCCACAUGCAUUGCCAACAAGCUGAAGAAGUUGAUCCUUGUCGAGAGCCCAUUGGAAUCUAUCAAAUUCGGACUUAUCCUCUGGUCUUUGACAUACGUCGCCUCGUGGUUCUCUGGAUGCACUCUUGCUGUUCUCGCCCUUCUCGGAACCUUCUCCAUCCCAAAGGUGUACGAGGCCAACCAGGAAGCCAUCGACCCCCAUCUCGCCACCGUCUCCGGACACCUCAAGAACGUCCAGAACUUGAUCGAUGAGAAGCUUCCAUUCCUCCGCAGUGCUCCAGUCGCCGCCGAGGAGAAGAAGGAUCAGUAA